UCUUUCUUAAGUAAAGUCUAGUCUAUGUGAUAGUACUCAUAUAGUCUAGAUCUAGAGGACUAGGAUUAUAUUAUAAGAUCUUUUUUUAUUAAAAAUAGUACAUUCAUUAAUUUGCAUCCUUAAGUCAUUACAAUGGACAGCAAAUUUUCUCAAGUGCCCUCCUACGGAUGGAGCGUUAAACUGGAUCAUGUUUUUCCUGAAAAACAAAACCAAAAGAUGAAGCCAAAGUUACAUCAGAUCUGGCCUUUUGUCCCACUUUUGUUCCGAUAUCUGUGGUAUUGCCUGAAAGUGUGGUGGAAAGGACGUCGACCGAUAAUGGACUUUGUGUGGCCGAUUACGUCAAAGCAGUGGAGUGGAGUACCCCUGGGAGGGAUCGGUGGAGGGACGAUCGGCAGAAGUUUCCGAGGGGAGUUUUGCCGAUACCAGAUGCAGCCAGGUUUCUACGAGUACCAUUCAGUGGAUGCAAACCAGUUCAUCGUCACAAUCCAGAACCCUGAGGGAAAAGUUGUCUACCAACAGGUCUUGUCAACUUUGAGUGGUGCUGAAGGGGGGAAGCUGCGUUCCUGGAAGUGGGGCUUCCCCGGGGACCAGGCCAGGUACACAGCACUCUAUCCCAGGUCCUGGACUGAAUACAACAUUCCAGAACACGGCAUCAAACUAACAUGUAGACAGGUGUCUCCAGUAAUACCACAUAACUAUAAG